UGUUCUUUCUUUUAUUUACGUUCAAUGAGAUAAAAACAUACCCCAGCUGUUUCAAUAGUUAAAUAGGACAAAAACCGUGAAUUUUAUCUGGAAAAAAUGACCAGCCAGUGAGUUUGAUCUUUGAGAUACACAGUUUUGAAACAUGCUUAAAACACUGUCUAAAAUCGUCGGUUUUUGCGGCUAUGUGAUUCAGUACGGUUGUAUAACUCACUGUACCUUCGAGUACCUGGGCGACUUUGUUGUGUGUGUUGGACCAUCAAUGGAACCAACACUGCACACCAACAAUGUUCUGAUUACCGAUCGGCUCAGUCCCCGUUUGAACAACCUGCAGCGGGGAGACAUCAUAAUCGCACGCAGUCCUACGAACCCAUUACAGCACGUAUGCAAGCGGAUAGUCGGAAUGCCGGGCGAUCGUAUCAUGACCAAGGCUUCCUUCAAUCUAAAUCCACUGUCCAACAAUUAUACAAUUUACACAUCCGUUUUGACAGUGAACCAUUCAGCGGAAAAAUUACGCCAAAAGGUGGACGCCGUGUCCGGCUCCAUUGAUGCCAUUGGUAUGGAUUCAAACGCAAGUGAAGUGACCGAUUCGAUCCUAGUACCGGAAGAGCAGCAACACCCGGAAGUGCGUACCAGCGUCGUAACGGUCCCGCGAGGUCACCUUUGGAUCGAAGGUGACAACGUGCACAACAGCUCUGACUCGAGAAAUUACGGUCCAGUGCCGAUCGGAUUGGUAAAAAGUAGAGCCGUCUGCCGGGUUUGGCCACUGACGGAGGCGGAAGUUUUGAUUUAGACUAGGAGUUUUGGUUAGGCCACUACGGCUACGCAUUGUGAAUGUGAGUUUUUCUCGCGAUGGUAUAUUUAUAUAGUAAAUGUGAUUUCUGAAUGCUGAAA